AUGUCCUCCAGCGCCGACAGCGGCGGCGGGAGCUCCUCUUCUUCUACCAGCUUCCUGCAGAGCCUCUCCAGCCUCGGCCUUGGGUACGCCAUCGCCAUCGCCCUGGGGUUCCUCGUCCUUCUCUCGACUCUCCUCCUGGUUUCCUACGUCUGCUGCCGGAGCUCCUCCCGCCGCAGCGGCCGCAGGCGCGGCGGCAGCGACGCCAGCCCCGAUCCCACCAUUGCCUCCUUGUCCUUCUCAAACCCCAGCGGCGCAGGUGGGCUCCCGCACAUCAUCUUCGUCGCCGAGGAAGACGACGAGGAAGAGGAAGGCGCGGGUCGCAGCCCCGCCCCUGGCCUGGAUCAGGCAGCCAUAAGCUCCUAUCCCAAGUUCCCCUUCUGCAAGUCCUCCAAGUCCGACACCGUCUGCCCCGUCUGCCUCUGCGAUUACAGGGAAGGUGAGAUGCUGCGGAUGAUGCCGGAUUGCCGGCACUUCUUCCACCUCCCCUGCAUCGACGCAUGGCUCCGGCUCAACGCGUCCUGCCCCGUCUGCCGCACCUCCCCCAUGCCGACGCCGCAGUCCACGCCGUUGUCCACUCCCCUGUCGGAGCUUGUCCCGCUCUCCCAUUUCUCCGCCGAUCGCCACCGCCGGUGA